AUUAGUUAAUGUAAAUUAAAAUUGAAACAUAUUAUUUGGGAAGGUGCGGAUAAAGUACUUGUCGGUCUUGAUUGAUUUGGUUAGGUCUAUAUUUCAUGCAGGCAGAGUUGAGAGUCUAUUUAUAGCACUUAUUUGUAAAGGGUUAGUUUCGGUUUCGGCGGUGAGGGAACAUCUGCAGGAAAAAGUUCCUCGUUAUUUAUGAAAUCAUUAAUAAAAUAUUAUUUUACUUAUUCUAUUUGAAAUCUGUUUAUUUCGGAUUUAUUAAUUUAUUUUUAAAUCAAUCUCGAAGCAUUUUAAAAAAUAAACAGUUUCCGAUCGUGCUCAUAAAAGUUUCGUUUUCUGCUUAUUAUCGUUUGAUUUUGUUCGUAAUAAGAGUUGUUAAUUUUAUUUCAAAUUAAUAUAAUAAUCACAUUACAAAAAUGGAAAAUUUAUAUACAAAUAAAAUUUUGAAAUACGUUAAACUAUUCAAUUGUAAAUAUAGUUUGUGUAGAUCUAAAUAAUUUACAUUUAAUGUUAAUUUUUGACAAAUUAUAUAUAUUUAAAUGAUCAAAUAGAAUUGGUAAAACAUGCAAAAAGUAAUUUUCUAAGUAUUGCUUUAUUUUAUUGGUAAUUUUUUUAUUCUGUUCUAUUUUUAACACGUGCAGAGAAGUGACCGAUCACGUGGUCAACACGUGUUUACUCUCUUUCGAUUGUGAUCGACCAAUAAAAAUCUCUAGCGGAAUGAUACCGACAAACUGUUGGUUUAUAGCAGGUUCCAAGUUAGAAUAUAGAUGUAAUGGUUUGAAUCCACUCAAUAUGACGCUACCAAAGUGCAAAUUCCGAACUGAUUGGUUGAAACAAAAGGACAAGGCAGAUUGUACAGUAGGAUUAUGGGCAACUGUACGUUCAGACACUGAUGUAUUUUGCAAAGUAUGUAAUUGCAUAAUACAAGUAAAAAAAGGUUUCCAAGCACUUUUUGAUCAUGGAGGUACUGUCAAACACAGACAAAAAUUUACCUGUGCUUAUGGUCCAAGACAGUUACACCUGACAUUGGUUGCACCAGGUGAUAGUUUUGCAGGCCCAUCAAAAAAUGAUGAAAUUCCAAGUAAUACUGAUAAUGGGACUGGAGAAGGAUUGGCAACUGUGAGUUUAUAUAAUCCAAGAGAUGCUGCAUACCAUGCAGAACUGAUAUGGGCCAUGAAAACAAUAUGUAGUAAUUUCUCAUUUGCUGCUUCUAAUAAUAUGGUUCCAACACUACAAGCAAUGCUUCCAAAAACUAAACUUCCUGAAGGAAUAUCAAUGAGUGAGAAGAAAUUGCGCUAUUUAAUAACUGAAGCAUUGGCUCCUUACUUCCAAAAAAAAAUGCUAGAAGAAAUCCACUCUUCAUUCUUUACAAUUAGUUAUGAUGAAACCAGCAAUGUGGAAAGUAAGAAAGAGUUACAGAUAAUGAUUAGGUUUUGGUCUGAGCAAAAAGAACAAGUUGUCUGCAGACACCUAAAUACAUGUUUUCUUGGACGGGCAGAUGCAGAAACACUGCAUACAUACAUUAUCAAAGCUAUCGAUGAUUCCAACCUGUCACUACACAAACUUUUGAUGAUAGGAUUCUAAUCAGAAACUAACAGAACAGGACACAUGUUCUGUUAGUUUGGCCUGUUGGAAUCCUAAAUACUUUUAGAAUAUUGAAUCUUCCAUAGAUUCAAUAAUGUCUCCAUUUCCAAGUUCUUCUUUCU